GUUUACAACUGUCAGUCUCGCUGGAGUGAAACCUUGCAGUUCACAGAGCGAGUGGACAAGUGGAGACAAUUGGUUGAAACACGGAUUCGGUAGUAAGAAUAACAUCUGUAUAGUACUAAAGGAUACAGUUGAAACGUUUCACAUGGGGAGCUAAAGAACAAAAUGUCUUGUAUGCGUUACACUAUGUUACUGUUCUCAGUUUUGGAGUUGUUGUUGUUGUUAGGAUACACAGCUGGUAUGUCGCGCGCUGUACGCCGCGCGAGCGAUGAGAGCGCGUCUCCAAGCGCGAGAGUCCCGCGUGCUGUGCUGGCUGAGCCAUUGGAGGCUACUACCACCAUCCCAAACCACUUACAGGAGGACGACAGGGACUCCAGAUUUUCACCUUUCACCCCCAAAAUGACUAUCACAUCCAGGACCACUGGUACAACUAACCAACUACAGCCCUUCUGGCUGACCACCACGGCUGCGCCUCUGACCAAAACAAUGGACCCAACCUCCAAACGCAGUAAAGUCAAAGAAAACUCCACAUUCUCCACAACACAAAACAAUACAGAAAACCCUACUUCUUCCUCUCCAUUAAGUGGCACAAAAAACACAACACUACCUGCUCUGGAUACAGCAAACAGUUCAUGGACAGUGAAAAGCACCUCAAAGCCUCUUCUCGUGACCACUGAGAGAGGACAUCAGUGCAACUGUAGUGCUGAGGGUUCAAAGGACCUAGAUACGUGUAACUCUGCCACAGGUCAGUGUGAAUGUCUAACUGGAUACACUGGUCAGCAUUGUGAUGAAUGUGCUGAUGCGUAUUUCACCAAUGGGACCGGUGGAUGCCAGCUUGUGACUGUGGACUCCUAUGGAGCCGUGAAUCAACUCUGCAAUAGAGCUCUCCUGUUGUGUAAUCUGAUCUUCAGCAAGGUCACCUCUGUUUCAGAUCAGAUUGCCCCCAGUCAGCUAUGA